AUGUCCUCCACCUUCAAUACCAACCAUCUAUUCAAAAGAAGAAAUAUAUUUGUCUCCAUCAUCGGCGCCGGACCCUCCGGCCUCGCCGUCGCCGCCUGCCUAAAAUGCCAAAACGUCCCCUUCCUCCUCCUUGACCGCGCCAACCGCCUCGCCUCUCUAUGGCAAAACCACACCUAUGACAGACUCAAACUUCACCUUCCCAAACAAUUCUGCCACCUCCCAAACUUCCCUUUCCCGGAAAACUUUCCUCAGUAUCCAACCAAAAACCAGUUCAUAAACUACUUGGAACUAUAUGCUAAGGUGUUUCAGAUAAAGCCACAGUUCAAUGAAGCUGUUAUAUCUGCAACAUAUGAUGACAAGCAUGGAAUGUGGAGAGUACGGUCUGAAAAAGCAGAGUAUAUUUGUGAGUGGUUGGUGGUGGCUACUGGAGAGAACGCAGAGUGUGUGGUGCCGGAAAUUGAAGGGUUGCCGGAGUUUUCAGGGGAGGUGAAACAUGCUUCCAGUUAUAAGUCCGGCGAG